AAGCAGCAAGAGGAUUUUUAACAUUUAGAGGUCAUUGGAUUUGAUGGGGAAACGAUGUUGAAAGGAACCAUGAACGCAGUUUACCUCCACGCACCUUUUCUCAACUACUGGUAUAUAAUUCUGUGUAAGGUUUAAAAUAAAUUGUAUGGGUGGGUUUUGCAGGAAUUCAAUGGGCUAGAUAUAACUUGAACGGCAUUGGAUGUCAUUAACACAGCUCAGUCUAUGUGUACGGGGAACCGAGGGAAGGGGAUGAGGCAGGCUCACUGGAAAUGCACCAGCAAGUUACUGUUGCGCAAAAGUGAUCUGCGAAACGUUGAAAUGAAUGGAAGCAUGAAAGCCUGACUGGAUAAUACUGCUUUAAUUGGCCCAGAGGUACCAGAUGAGUGUUUUGUAGAAAACACGGGGCUCCGUGUCGGAAUGCUGCACUGAUGAUUUGAACACAGUUUGUAGGUUUCCUACCUUCUGCAGCCCUCCAGUUGCUCUGGUUUCUGUAAGCGGGCAGUUGGGAGGCUUUUGACUGUGUUUAGAGAAUUUCAUCGUCCUGAGCUGAGGAAUAAUAAACAUGACUGUGGCCAAUGCAAAGUCUGGCUCAGCAAUGCAGCAGGUACUGGACAACCUGAAAGACCUGCCAUCAGGCACAGGAGCCAAAGAUAUUGACCUCAUCUUUCUCAGAGGCAUCAUGGAGAGCCCCAUCGUCCGCUCCCUUGCCAAGGCCCAUGAGCGUCUUGAGGAAGUUAAGUUACAAGCCGUGCGGGACGAUAAUGUUCAGCUGGUCACAGAGAUCCUGGAUUCCCUCAGCAACCUGCAAGAAAAAGAUGCAGCCGCUGUCGAACUUGCCAAAAUCCUGCAGGAGCCUCACUUUAAGUCUUUGAUAGAGGCUCAUGACAAAGUUGCUGCAAAGUGCUAUGAAAUGCCCCACGCUGCGGCGAACAGCGAUGCCUUGUUGACUAGUUCACUCAUGCCAGCUGAUGCUGUCAGGAUGAUUGGCAUCCAGAAGAAAGCUGGGGAACCACUGGGGGUCACGUUCCGUGUGGAGCAGGGAGAGAUGGUUAUCGCUCGGAUCCUGCAUGGCAGCUCAAUUGACAGGCAGGGCAUGCUGCACACAGGGGACAUAAUCCGCGAGGUGAAUGGUCGCGAGGUCGGCAGCAACCCCCAUGAACUCCAGGAGCUGCUGGGGGACUGCAGUGGGAGCAUCACACUCAAGGUCCUGCCCAGCUACAGAGAGACACCGGCACCACCACAGGUUUAUCUGAAGCCAUACUUCAACUACAACCCGACCACAGACAACUUGAUCCCCUGUAAAGAGGCAGGUCUGGCCUUCUCCAAGGGAGACAUCCUUCAUGUAGUAAACAAGGAGGACCCCAACUGGUGGCAGGCACGCAAAGUUGUUGGUGGAGCCACUGGUCUCAUCCCCAGUCAGUACUUGGAGGAGAAGAGGAAAGCUUUUGUGAGAAGAGACUGGGACACCUCUGGUACUGGGAUGCUCUGUGGAACUGGAACUGCAAAAAAAAAGAAGAAAAAACUGAUGUACCUCACUGCCAAGAAUGCCGAGUUUGACCGUUAUGAGCUGCAGAUCUAUGAGGAGGUAGCCAAGAUGCCGCCCUUCCAGAGGAAAACGCUUAUUCUGAUUGGAGCCCAGGGAGUUGGCAGACGGAGCCUGAAGAACAGACUUAUAGUCAUGAAUCCUCUGAGAUAUGGAACCACUGUACCCUUCACAUCACGGCGUCCCAGGGAAGAGGAGAAAGAUGGACAUAACUACUGCUUUGUAACGCGGGAAGAGAUGGAGAAGGACAUCAAGGAGAGCCGUUACCUGGAGCACGGCGAGUACGACGGCAAUCUGUAUGGCACCAAGAUUGACUCGAUCCACGAAGUGGUGGAUACGAGUCGUACCUGCAUCCUAGAUGUCAACCCUCAGGCCCUGAAAGUGUUGAAGACUGCUGAGUUUAUGCCAUUUGUGGUGUUUAUUGCUGCUCCUGAGCUGGACACACUAAGAGCUAUGCACAAAGCUGUAGUAGAUGCUGGACUUACUACCAAACUACUCACAGAGAACGAUUUGAAGAAGACUGUGGACGAGAGUGCCAGGAUCCGCCGGGCGUACAGCCACUACUUCGACCUGACUAUAGUCAAUGACAAUCUGGACAAGGCCUUUGACAAGCUGCAGGAGGCGGUGGAGCGAUUAUUCGUAGAGCCACAGUGGGUUCCAGUCAGCUGGGUCUACUGAUGGUCUACCCCCUGCUGGACAGAUGAGCCUGUCGGAGCUGCUAGGCCUGGGACGAAAGGGGACACAACUCUGUACUGCACACACAGGCAAAGUGUCGGACAUGAGCCCUGUGUGAAUUUGGGUCUUGCACAAAGCUGCAUCAGUCACCUUGAUCUGAAUUGCCAGAUUCCUUACUGGCACACUAUGCAACUCACAACACACAGGAAGUGUACUUACUGGCAAAAUAUUUUUUAAAGAUUGCUUUCUAUUCAAAAGGAUUGGAAGAAAAUACUGGCCUGUGUGUCAGGAUGUUUUUAAAAGCAAAAGCAGUUUUUGCUAUGUCCUGUAUAAUUUUACAUCUGUAUGUAAGAAUGGUAAAAUGUAUUUAUUCUGCAAAAAUGAGGAGGGCUUGCUCAUUGAAAAGGACGAUACCUCAGUGUUACAGUUUACAGUGCAUAUGCCUCCAGUACGUCAUCUCUUUUGUCACUACAAACUUGUUGUCAUUCAUGUAGAAUAGUGUUAUAUAAUUUUGAGACCCGUUACUUCGCGAAGGCUACAUUUCUGCCCUGGCAUCUUUGCGGUUCAACCUCAUGAAUGGGAAAUGUCCUGCCUGUCACUAUUUGACGUUGUACAGGGAAAAAAAGUAAUACUAUAGUGUUUACCCAUUAUUUUUCUUUCAUUCAAGCACAACAGACAUUAAUUAUGUUGAUUGUUUGUCAGACAUUUGGAUCAUGUACGUGUUUUGGACUGUUAGACGAGUCGAUAUGGUGCUGUGUUGGUGUUUGUCUGGAAGGAAGAAAAACUUUCCACAGGACUCUUGAACAGGGUACUGCAUCUCAGUGAACCAUCCCUUUUGAUGUGAUAUUACUAAAAACUUAACCGUUUUAAAUAAAGUUCAUAUUUACUUUAUAAAAGGUAUAUUUUACAAGAUUUCAGAAAAGAUGUUUUUUCAGAUGUAAAAUAAAUAA